AUGGCGGGAGACCCCGAGAAAUCCAGCGGCCUGGCUGUGCAGCCGGCCGUGGAGGCAAAACCCAGCUCCAACCGUGAACCCGGAUCGUCGUCGGGAUCCCAUUCUGCCGACGAGGAUCAGAAUCUCAAAAAGCUUGAUUCCAAAGUGGUGAAGAAAAAGGAGGAAGGGAAUCUAGAUGAUGCGCUGGCGCACCUUCCAGAGCAUGAGCGCGAGAUCAUCAAGGAGCAGCUGGAGGUUCCUGAGGUCAAAGUCACGUUCCUCACUCUUUUCCGAUAUGCCAGCACAAACGACCUCAUUAUCCUUGUGGUCAGCGCCAUUGCGUCCAUUGCCGGCGGAGCGGCGCUCCCAUUGUUUACGAUUCUCUUCGGUGCUAUGGCCGGAACUUUUCAAAAGCUCUUUCUAGGGACCAUAUCUUCUAGCGACUUCAGCUCGGAGUUGUCCAAAUAUGCUCUGUAUUUUAUCUAUCUCGGUAUUGCCGAAUUUAUCUUGAUUUACGUCUGCACCGUUGGCUUCAUCUACGCCGGUGAACAUAUUUCCCAGAAGAUCAGAGAGAAUUACCUUGAUGCAAUUUUGCGCCAGAACAUUGCAUUCUUUGACAAGUUGGGUGCUGGGGAAAUCACAACCCGCAUUACCGCCGACACAAACUUGAUUCAAGAUGGUAUUUCCGAAAAAGUCGGCUUGACGCUGACGGCACUGGCAACCUUCGUCACGGCGUUCGUUAUCGGUUUUAUCAAAUUCUGGAAAUUAACCUUGAUCUGCAGCUCCACGGUGGUCGCCAUGGUGACAAUGAUGGGCGCUGCUUCGAAGUUUAUCAUUCUCUUUAGCAAAAAAAACCUGGAAAGCUACGGCGAAGGUGGAACAGUCGCUGAAGAAGUCCUAAGCUCCAUCCGCAACGCAACCGCCUUCGGUACCCAGGAAAAACUCGCAAAGCAAUACGAUUCGCAUCUAGUCAAGGCCCAGACAUGGGGUAUCAAACUGCAAACCACCCUUGGAGUCAUGGUCGGUGGCAUGAUGUCGAUCAUCUUCUUGAACUACGGUUUGGGCUUCUGGAUGGGAUCCCGUUUCAUCGUCGGUGGUGAGACAGAUUUGUCGAGUAUCAUCACGAUCUUGCUUUCGAUUAUCAUCGGAUCUUUCAGCUUGGGUAAUGUGACACCCAACGCCCAAGCCUUCACCUCCGCCGUUGCCGCUGGCGCCAAAAUAUUCAGCACUAUUGACCGGCUCAAGCAGUGGAGAAAUUCUGGAACACGUGGGAAGGUAACAUUGAAUUCCGUGAUGUUCGGGCAUAUCUAUCCUUCCCGCCCAGAAGUCGUCGUUAUGCAAAACAUCAAUCUUUUUGUACCCGCUGGCAAGACUACCGCGCUCGUUGGGCCGUCUGGAUCAGGCAAGAGUACCGUGGUGGGUCUUUUAGAGCGCUUCUAUAAUCCCGUGGGAGGCACUGUGCUCGUUGACGGUAAAGAUAUUCAAACCUUGAACCUCAAAUGGCUCCGUCAGCAAAUCUCCUUAAAUCGGACGAAAAGUAUCCGGCAGCGCAUUGAAAAUGCAGCAAGAAUGGCCAACGCUCACGAUUUCAUCAUGGGAUUACCUGAACAAUACGAAACGAACGUCGGAGAGCGCGGCUUCUUGCUCUCUGGUGGCCAAAAGCAACGCAUUGCUAUCGCCCGUGCCGUUGUGAGCGACCCGAAGAUUUUGUUACUGGAUGAAGCUACCUCCGCGUUAGAUACCAAAUCCGAAGGUGUUGUGCAGGCGGCACUGGAUGAAGCAUCAAAAGGAAGAACCACUAUCGUCAUCGCCCAUCGUUUAUCAACCAUCAAAACAGCCGACAAUAUCGUUGUUCUCGUUGACGGACGGAUUGUGGAGCAAGGAACCCAUGACGAAUUGGUUAGUCGGGACGGUACAUAUCUUCGACUCGUGGAAGCUCAGAGAAUCAAUGAAGAGCGGGACGCUCAAGCGAUGGAUGAUGUCGAUGAGAACGCGGAACUCCCAGGCGAAAACGAAAAGAUUCAGCUGCAAAAUUCGAUCACAUCUGGGAGCAAUGCAUCGGGAAGACUCGCUGGUGACAAUUUAGAUCUGGAACUCCAAAGGACCGAAACCAAAAAAUCAUUAUCGAGUGUUAUCCUCUCCAAACGUGAACCCGAGAAGGAGAAAAAUUAUUCACUUGGAACGUUAAUCAAAUUCAUUUGGUCAUUUAACGCUUCAGAGUGGAAGUUGAUGACUGUCGGACUCAUCUUCUCAAUUAUAUGCGGAGGAGGACAGCCAUCAAUGGCAGUGUUCUUUGCAAAAUGCAUUGCAACACUGGCAUUGCCACCACCGCUUUAUGGAAAGCUCAGAGACGAUGCGAACUUCUGGUGCUUGAUGUACUUGAUGGUGGGAAUUAUAAUGUUCUUUGCCUACAGUAUCCAGGGGUCGGCAUUUGCUUAUUGCUCCGAGAAGCUGAUAUUCAGGGGUAGAAGUCAGGCCUUCAGAACAAUGCUUCGACAAGAUAUCGCAUUCUUCGAUCAGGAGGAAAAUAGCACUGGAGCAUUGACAUCUUUCCUUUCCACUGAAACCAAGCAUCUGUCUGGCAUCAGUGGCGUCACCCUCGGAACCAUUUUGCUCGUUACCACCACUCUUGUCGCCUCAAUGGUGGUUGCUCUUGCUAUCGGGUGGAAAGUUGCCCUUGUCUGCAUCGCCUGUGUCCCAGUCCUGCUUGCCUGUGGAUUUUAUAGGUUCUGGACCUUGGCCGCCUUUCAGAGGAGAGCUAAAAAGGCUUACGAGACUUCUGCUAGUUAUGCUUGCGAGGCCACGUCUGCUAUCCGCACAGUGGCGUCGCUGACACGCGAACCUGAUGUUGCUAACACAUACCAUGGUCAGUUGGUUGUCCAAGGAAAGAAGAGCUUGAUAUCUAUUCUGAAAACCUCCACGCUCUAUGCCGCUUCACAGUCCUUCAUGUUCUUUAUCCUAGCACUCGGAUUCUGGUACGGUGGUACCUUGUUAGGUAAAGGCGAAUAUUCACUGUUCCAAUUCUUUGUGGCAUUUUCGGAAGUUAUCUUUGGUGCGCAGUCCGCUGGCACUGUCUUCUCCUUUGCACCGGAUAUGGGCAAAGCGAAGAGUGCGGCGGCCGACUUCAAGAAACUUUUUGAUCGAAAGCCUCCAAUCGACACCCUUUCCAAAGACGGCGAAGAUGUGAAGCACAUUGAAGGCACCAUUGAGUUCCGUGAUGUGCAUUUCAGAUAUCCGACACGACCUGAGCAGCCUGUACUUCGUGGACUCAACCUCACCGUUAAGCCAGGGCAGUAUGUCGCAUUGGUUGGACCCAGUGGAUGUGGGAAGAGUACAACUAUUGCCUUGCUUGAACGCUUCUAUGAUACGCUCUCGGGAGGUGUAUAUGUUGAUGGAAACGACAUUAGCCGGUGGAAUGUCAGCGCCUACAGAAGCUUUUUGGCCCUUGUCAGCCAAGAACCCACGCUGUACCAGGGCACUAUUCGAGACAACAUCCUGUUAGGAAUCAACGAGGAUGACGCGCCUGAAGAAGCAAUUGUUGAAGCCUGCAAAGCGGCCAACAUCUACGACUUCAUCAUGUCACUUCCUGAGGGCUUCUCUACGGUCGUAGGUAGUAAAGGCAGCAUGCUUUCAGGUGGCCAGAAGCAACGUAUUGCCAUUGCCCGUGCUUUGAUCCGAGACCCCAAAAUCCUCCUCCUCGACGAAGCAACCUCUGCCCUCGACUCGGAAUCUGAGAAAGUCGUCCAAGCCGCGCUCGACGCGGCCGCCAAAGGUCGCACCACCAUCGCCGUUGCCCAUCGGCUUAGCACAAUUCAAAAAGCGGAUAUCAUUUACGUUUUCGACCAGGGCCGUAUCACCGAGAGCGGUACGCACUCAGAACUGCUUGCGAUGAAGGGUCGCUACUUCGAGCUCGUUAACCUGCAGAGCUUGGGUAAGGCGCACUGA